GCAAACCUUUUCGUUGGCAACCUUAGCUGGAACGUCGACGAGGAGUGGUUGACUCGCGAGUUCGAGGAGUUCGGUGAGAUCAAGGGUGUACGCAUCAUCACCGACCGCGAGUCUGGCCGCAGCAAGGGGUUCGGAUACGUCGAGUACACCAGCGCUGCCGAUGCACAGAAGGCUCUCGCCGCUCGUCACGGCUACCUGCUUGACAACCGUGAGCUUCGUGUGGACACUGGCGAGUCCCGCCCUCAACAGACUCCUCAGCAGAAGGGCUUCGACCGUGCCAACAAGUACGGCGACACCCCCAAGCCCCCAUCCAAUACCAUCUUCGUCGGCAACGUUAGCUUCGAUGCCGAUGAGAAUGCCCUGUCCGAGGCCUUCGGCGAGUACGGUACCAUCAAGGCCGUCCGUCUCCCUACCGACCGUGACACUGGUGCCCUCAAGGGUUUCGGUUACGUCGAGAUGAGCUCCGUUGAGGAGGCUCAAGCCGCACAUGAGGCUCUGCAGGGUGCCGACAUUGCCGGCCGCAACAUCCGCCUCGACUUCGCUUCUGAGCGCAGCAACGAUGGCGGCGACCGCGGCGGACGUGGUGGUGGCGGUGGCCGUGGCUUCGGCGGUGGUCGCGGUGGCGGACGU